AUGCUCUUGUGCUUCAAUGGAGAUGUUCCAAGCGCUGGAGUUCCAGUUGACCGCCUCCGAGAACUCCAGGUUGGAGAGAUUGUCAAUUUGCCCCAAAUCAUCGUGGUCGGCGACCAGUCCUCUGGCAAGAGUUCGGUAUUGGAAGCCAUUUCACGCGUCCGCUUCCCUGCCAAGGGAGAUCUAUGUACUCGCUUCGCAACGGAACUCGUACUUCGGCGUGCGGCUAAUACGAAAAUCCGCGUUUCCAUUGACUCGGCUCAGACUGGCACUUCUCAGCAAUUCAAGCGGACUAGUUUCAGCAAAGAUGCUUUGCCAGACAUCAUCACCGAGGCGACAGAGAAGAUGGGAAUUCGUCCAGGAAGUACAAAAGGAUUCUCUCAAGAUAUUCUGCGGGUAGAAAUCACGGAUCCGGAUGUCUAUCCUGUCACGCUGGUUGACCUGCCAGGCUUCUUCCAUGCCGAGACCGCUGAUCAGACAAAGGAGGGUCGAAAAAUUGUUCGACAACUUGCCGAGCGAUAUAUGAAGCAGAAAAAUAGCAUCAUUCUCGCCGUUGUCUCGGCAAACCAUAAUCUCGCCAACCAGCUGGUUGUCGAGGAAGCUCGGAUACACGAUCCGAACCGAGAACGGACCCUAGGUGUAAUCACCAAGCCGGACCUUGCAGCACCUGGCUCACAAGAUGAGAAGAAGUGUCUUCAGCUCGUUAGGGGCCAGGAAAAUAUCCAUAAACUGAAACUAGGCUGGCACGUGCUUCGCAAUAAGUCGGAAGGCAAAGAAGCAUCGACUGUUGAUGAGAGAGAUGCUGAAGAGGAAAAGUUCUUCCAGACCGGCGCAUGGUCCAACAUUGCCCCAAGUAGCCGUGGAAUCGCCUACUUGCGCAAAAAACUGAGCAAGGUCCUUCUUGAACACAUUCGGAAGACACUCCCAGGUCUGGUUGAAGAGAUAGAGGCUAGCCUGUCUAUUCGUCAGCAUGCUCUAGAUCAGCUCGGAAAGCCUCGUUCUACGACCCAAGAGCUGAGGGAAUACCUGACCGGUAUCUCUGUCAAGUUCCAACAUCUCGCAAACGAUGGAUUAGGUGGCCGCUACGGUGACGAUUUCUUUGGUGAUCUGUACGAUAACAAUCACACCCGAAAACUGCGAGCAUGCAUCAGAAGACUCAACCGUGCCUUUCAUGCCACGCUCAUCAUGAAAGGGGCUGAUCGCGAUGUUGAGUUGGAGGACGAGGAUUCUGGCCUGUCCCACGGAGGGUUUGACUGGCUCGCUGACGACAAGCCCCCGCCUGAGUACCUCAAGCCGUUUCUUGGGCUCUUUGACAGGUUUCCCAAGCCUGAUAUCAUUACGGAGGAGGAUCUUCGUGAUGAACUUGGGAAGCUGGGUGCGGCCAACCAAGGAACAGAAUUCCCUACUCAACCGAAUGCACAACUGGGACAUCAGCUUUUCAGGGAGCAGGCCAAGAAAUGGAGUCCUAUCGCAGACUUUUAUCUCGAUACGGUCACGGAUUUCGCAAAGUCCUUUGUGGAAGAUCUAUUCAUACAUAUCAUUGGUGCCGAUCAAGACACCAUUAAAGCCAUCUUGGGGUUUUUCGUGAGUGAUUUCUUUGAGCUCAAGCGCGAAGCCCUCAAAGAUAAGCUAGCAGAGAUCAUCCGACCAUAUCAAUCUGGCUACGGCCUACCGCUAGACGCAGAGUUCCACGCUGCUCUGGCAACAAGGAAUGCUGGGCGCGAGGCUCGACGCAUUGUGAGCCUAAUCGAGGAAAAGUUCCCCGAGGUAUUCAAUCGAAAGGAUGGACAUGGUCUGGAUCCUGAUGACUUGGAGGAAAGCAUCAAACUUGCAGAAAGAGCUGAAAUCAGCGAGUUCGGUACCGAGAAGGUGAUUGACAUGGCCAUGACGCAGUACGAGAUGUCUCUCCGAACGUUUGCCGAUAACGUCGUGAAUCUGGCUGCCGAGAAUUGUUUGAUCUCCGAGAUACCUGAUAUCUUGACUUCAAUGAUGGUGGUUCAGAUGAGCGAAGAGCGUCUCCAGGAAAUUGCAUCCGAGUCAGAGGACAUUCAAAUGGAGAGGUCUCAGUUGCAGCACGAGGUAGAGAUCCUCAGGGAAGGUCUCAAAAAAUGCCAGAGGUCUCGUGUCCACGAGAAAACAGUACUUCCAAACGCCUUCAAGAACUCGCCCCGUACGAAGAACGCCUCCAACCAGGCUUCAACUCCCACCACACCUCGAUCUACGUCUUCUGCUGUACCAGAGCAGCCUUCCUACUUUGGUCCUCAGGGCCGAUUCUCUUCGGCAUAUUCUCCGCAGCCUGGAAAAACGAACGGAGUAAGCUCCAACAACAGUCCAACUCUGCUCGGGGUUCCUCUGACCAAUGGGUCGACGUCAAUGCCGCCGAAGAUAUUUGGAAACAAAGUAGCAAUUGCGAGUAGUUGA